UUUGUUGAGUCAGUGAGAGCAUUCUUACGCCCAGCAAACCUACAGGAGACUAAUAGUGAAGUUCAGCGAUAUCUUAAUUUCCACUAAACAUUUGCUCAGUAAAGGCUUUUAUUGAAGGACUUUUCACGCCCAUCUGCCCGCCACGUGUGUCAUGUGAGACGUCCGGCUUUGACUGUGAGAAUUAAUGUGCCUGAGAGUCUGACAUAAGUCUGUUCAAUGGCUACCUCGGGCUCCAUCGUUUCUGCCUCCACCACUGCCGUUGUGCCUGAGGGUUUCCAUUAUGAAACCAAGUACAUUGUUCUCAACUACCUGAGAAUGCUGCCUGUUAGUAGAUCACACACGCUAACCACAGCUCAAGGAGAUGGCCAGAAUGAGAGAGAGAGGACUGUAAUGAUAAAAACGCAAAUAGAGGAAGAGCUGAGGCAACUGGAAGAUGAAAUCACUGCCUCCUUUACCACCACAGGCUUCGACCGCCACUCAUCGCUGGUGUUCAGUCCGGCCAACCCAGAGACCUCUAUUGAAGACUGCCUGGUUGUGAUGGGAGACCGGGUGGCCAGAGAGCUUGACACAUCCCUGGCAGAAGCUGUACACACACUACUCACAGGGCCUCUGGACUACCAGAGAUUCAGAGACACAACACUGAUUCUCUCAAGACAGACACAGGGAGGCUGGAGCAAGGUGGUAGUGCCUUUGGUGCUGCUCCAGGCUUUACAAAGCGAGGGACAGUCUGUGACAACUCUGUUGCAUCUGGGGGUACGCUUACUAGAGGAAGAUGAAGCUGACUACAUUAUUCAGCAAGGGGGAUGGGGUGAAAUAUUCAGGCUUCAGUCAGAAGAGGAGCGAGGUGUGACCAUCGCUGAAGACAGCAACGACAUUUACAUCCUCUCAGGGGAGCAGCAUCCUGACCAGCUGAGCCCUCCUUCAUCGCUCCUCUGCACUGGAGACAACAGCAGUGAGCAGAGCUCCUGGCAGACAGAAAGCUUACCUGUGUCUCUGGCCGGCCACGAGUCUUGGGCACAGGUUGGUGCAAUGGACCCUGAAGACAUCAAGAGCCUGGACAGCAAUGAGGGCGUGGCUCUGGCCGAGGAGCGCAGUGAAAACAACUCCUCAAAUUCGGACAUUGUCCACGUAGAGCGCGAGGAGGCUGAGCUGCUGGAGGAAGGCGGUGAAGUCGGAGCGAUAGAGGAGAGCAUGAUGAGUGUUUUAGGCACAGAGAGCGAGCUGGCCGAGCUCAGGGAGGAAUUCAGGGACCAGACUCCACCUGUUCCAGUGUCAGCCGAGGCAGACUCCACAGCCCCGGCCUCCCUGAUUUCAUUAGAGGAGCCAGUUGUAAUAGAGACGCCUACAAGCUUGUCAGCAGAACCUUCCCUCAUCUCCUCAGAACCAGAGCUGCUUCCUCCGGCCCCUGAAGCUGCUGCCCCUUCUCCUGCUGAGCCAGAACCUACAGCACCUUUAUCUGUUCCUGCUGUGGAACCAGAGCCUGAGCCAGAACCAGCUGCUGCCACUACACCAGUGCCUACUGAGGUGGCACCCCCAUCUCUGGACAAGGAAACCCCUUCAGCACCAGCAGGGCCUGACGCCACACCUGAACCAGCUUCUGAACCAGAACAGGAGCCGGAGCCUGUAGCAGUGCCUCCCCAGCCAGAGGAGCCCCAGCCAGAGCCAGAGACUGCGGCAGAGCCAGCUGUGGCCCCGCUGGCUGCACCCCUGGUCUCGGACGCCACAGAGGCCCCUGUAGAAGCCCCAGCUGAGGAGCCUCCAGUGCAGUCGGAGCCGGUGUCAGAGUUCCCAGUGCUGCUUUAUGGAGGUGCUGCACUGGUGGCUCUCGCUGCUGUAAUGGCAUACGGUGUGCUAAGCUGCAGGAGGAAGUAGAAUAGAGAAGUAUCUUUCUCAGGGGAGGAGAAUUCAAAUUACAAGAUGUUAUGGUAGAAAUAAAUGUACUAGUAAGCACAUGGUGGGACUCUCCUUCCAAAUCGUGUUGGCUUUAUCAAAUGAGGCUAAAUUUUUUUUUCUUUGUUCCCUGCCCUGCUUUCACCUCAUCCUCAUCCACAAUCCAAUUGCUAAGAGUCCUCACUGCGUCACUCCACCAGGUACAAACAUAGAAGGGGGAAAACAAUGCACUCCACUCUAUUCUUUAUUUUCUUCCUUACUUGGAACUGUAUGUUUAAAUUCUUCAGUCUCCAGCCCUUCAUCUCCUAGAUUGGAAAGUGUGUGACUUUCAUCCCUAUCCUUUUAGUUUCUGUUGUGUCUGUGGCUUUACUGUUUGGAUUGUUGUGUGCCAUUUGAGUCCGUGUUAGCUACAUGGAAAAUUCACUGACAACACUGUUAGUUGGAGAAAACCUCAAAGUCCACAUUUACUCUUGCUGUGUGAAUUCAGGUUUUCUUGCACUCUCUCUUUCUAUGCAGCAAAGUAGCAUCUCUUUAUAUUUUUUUCCCUCUAACUGUGAUGAGAUAUUCUGAUACUUCCUCUGAUAAACAAACCAAAUGUAUGAUGGUAUGGAAAUGAAACCAGUAAUUUGAUUUUUUAUUUGUCAGUUUGAAACCACUUCUGGAAGCAACAACAAAACAGGAAUAUUGGAUACGAUUUAUGUUCCUUCUUUCCAUGUUGCACAAAGGAUUUCUAUCACUUUACAUGCAGCAUGUUUUAGUUUUGUGAAUUGAAACAUUAGAAAAUGAUGUGCAAGGAUGGAUUUAAGUAUUUGAAUGUCUCCUAAGGUAAAGUACUGCUGCUGCUCUGCACACUUCAGGGUCCGGAGUCAUUCUUUUGCCACCAUCAGUAUGUAAAUCUGAAAAUAUUGUGAAGGCCCAAAAAACUGUCAAUGGAUUUUUCAAUUUUUUAAAGAUACCUUGAUUUUUUUGGGUUGCCUAUAAAAAGUCCUUGUGUGAACUGCACUAUAACUUGUUUGCAUUGAAGAGGAAUGUGUCAGCCACUGCUUAUGCUUACCAUGCCAAAGUGAGCAGUAUUACUCCAGAUCAGGAGUGAAGUAGGAAUGUAACUGCAGCGUGUGAACUCAGUCUUCCCUUUAAUGAAAAUCUAUUUCAUGGUUGAAUUUACUGGAUGGGCAGCUCCCCACUUAAAUCACCUUUUCUGACCGGCGAAGUCGUCAGUAUUUUGCCCUGUACUACUGUUUCUAUUACUGACUCAUGCCACAACUUAACGAUGGCUUGUGAACCUGUCACUGUUUUUUUUUUUUUUUUUAUUAGUAUAUCAACUCUACACUCUCCUUGGUGUAGAGGUAGUAGUUCACUGUGAGGUGUUGAAGGCAACAAUCAGCUCUUUAGCGACAAUCAAAAAAUUAUCAACCUCUUUCACAUAAAGAACGCUGUAACGAAGAUUUGAAGUUCUGAAAACAAAAAGGUUGAAAGCCCUCACUGCUGCCACCACACAAUUUAAAUACUUUGAGGAUUUGGGGUUGUUGUUGUUGUAAGUUGUACCACCAUGAGAAUUCAUGAAUGGCUGUUAGAAUAUGGCAUUGGACAGACACCGUCUUCUUUGAUGCAGAAAGGAUGUUUCCAUGUAUGUCUCAGUAUUACACAUUGUAAUACCCACAGACUCAAACUACGCCUGCUUUCAAAGGGAAACUGUUAAAGUACAGAGCAGGAUGGAUGUCAAAAGGUCCUGACCGCGACACUUUGUACCUUGACUUUCCUACAUUACACUGUUUGAAAUAAUAAUAAA